GGAGGAGGGAGCUUCGGCGGCGCCCCGCCCUGUCAGCAAGGUUGCGCGUGCCCCCGUGCGACCGCCAAGAUGGUGGUGGGCGCGUUCCCUAUGGCGAAGCUGCUAUACCUGGGCAUCCGGCAGGUCAGCAAGCCUCUUGCCAACCGCAUUAAGGAAGCCGCCCGCCGCAGCGAGUUCUUCAAGACCUAUAUCUGCCUCCCGCCGGCUCAGCUGUACCACUGGGUGGAGAUGCGGACCAAGAUGCGCAUCAUGGGCUUCCGGGGCACAGCCAUCAAGCCGCUGAACGAGGCCGCAGCCGCGGACCUGGGCGCCGAGCUGCUGGGCGAGGCCACCAUCUUCGUGGUGGGCGGCGGCUGCCUGGUGCUGGAGUACUGGCGCCACCAGGUGCAGCAGCGCAACAAGGAGGAGGAGCAGCGUGCCGCCUGGGACGCCUUGCAGGACGAGGUGGGCCGCCUGGCGCAGGCGGUGGAGGCGCUGCAGGUGCAGGUGCAGGCCACACCGAGGGGCGCCCUGGAGGAGCUGCAGGCACAGAUGCGGGAGGUGCGUGCCCGGAUCAGCGGCCAGGAUGCAUCCGGGGCGUCCCAGGCGGCGUCUGCAGCCAAGAAAUAGGAGGCACCGGAGCCUGAACUCGGACGUGGCCCUGUGAGCCAGCGUGGCCUUCUCCCCACACCACCCCUGCUGGUGCUGGCCUCGCGGAAACCACUGGGACCUCGAUGGCACUGGCUUCCUGUCACCUCUGCGGCCCGCGGGCCCGGACCAGCCCCAGCAGGGGGAGCUUGCCAGCCCAGCUCCCAGCCCCUCGCCGGUGGGUGCAGUCCACAGAGCUCAUCUCUCCACCCCUCACCCCAAGCCACGCAGACCCCAGCGGGCAGGACAACACAGCUGUCUUCUGACAGAAAGCAAGAGAGCCUGACUUGAGCCGAAUCCGCCUGCCGAGCCCCCCUUACUUGAUCAGUGUUACCUUUCCCUGGAACACUCGACCCUCAGAUCCCCCUUCCUUUCUCGUCGGGUACAAGGCCCUUCGGUGGACUUCUGGCCCCCCCUCAGGUGGCUCGACAGGGGAUGUUGCUUUUUGAGGGAGGAAGAAGGGACCCUGGCCUGUAUAUCUUUCCCCUUAACUGGAUCUGUGGUACCUUCCUUAAGCGGGGUACGCAGCAGCACCCCUCAGCCUGUCUGUGGUGCCGCCUGCCGGAAUUGCUGUGCAGGGUCUUCUGGGGUGUUGCUCUCCCCGCCCCCUUCUGUGGUGGACAAAUUGAACCUGCCUAGGGAGGACUCCCCCAGCUGUCUUCCAGCCUCGGCCCUGCGUCGGUCCCCAGCACCCCUGGGCCUGUUGUACCCGUUCCCACCCACCCCGCUGUCUCCUUCAGUGGCCUGUCUAGGGGGACACUGCCACGGCCAGGGGAGCACGACCCCGUGUUCCAAAUCUAGCCAUCUCUGUGCUCUUGUGCCCCUCAGGGCUCUCGGUGGAUGCACAGCCCCCCUUCACGCAGUGGUACCCUUUCGGCUCCGUUGUCCCAAGACCUGCCUCCCUCCCGCUGGUCAAGGCCGCUCAGUGGUCUGCUUCCUUCGGUAGUUUCCUAGGCCGCCAUCACAGUCACCGCAGACUUGGUGGCUUAGAACACAGGGAUUUAUUCUCUCUGUUCUGGAGGCCAGAGAUCCAAAAUCAAGGUGUCCACAGGGCCUUGGAACAGGGAGAGCCCUCCUGCCCUCUUUCAGUUUCUGGGGGUGCCCAGGGGCCCUUCACUUGUUUGACUGAGUCUCUUCGGGGUCUUCUCAUGGCCUUCUCUUCCGUCUCUUAGAAAGACACAGAAUCUUUAAUCCUAAUCAAAGUCCUAAAUCCUAAUCCCUGAAUUAGGACCUCCCUAAGUCUGGGAUGGCUUCAGUUAGGAGUCCUCACCUUCAUUACAUCUGCAAAGACCCUUUUUCCAAAUAAACUCCUCGCUGGUCCCAGGGCUUAGGAUGUGGGCUGACCUAGUUUUGGAUUUUUUGUGGGGAGGGAGUACCAUUCAACCACUACGUCUCCCCACCCCUAGUUCUUUCCCAGAUGGGGAAACUGAGGCCCAGGAGAAGCCAAGGGACUUGCCCAGGGCAAGUCCAGUGAGGGACUCUCCAGGUGGUGAAGUAGUAGGGCGCGGGCGGGGAGCGGGAACUGCCCAGGGGCUGGGUGAGGAGGAAGCCGGUGAGAGGGAGACUCACAUGGAGGGCUGUCCCCACGGAGGCCAAAGCAUCCCAGGGGCAAGCUAAGGGGGCGCAGUGGGGGUAGGGGGAGGCUCACUCCCAUGACAGCUGCCCAGAUCAUACCCAAGGGGUUAGCACUUAGUGAUUCACUGCACCUGGGCCCCUCCGGGAGUCAGCAGGUGAAGUGGGAGCGCCCGGCUUCUCUCGCUGCUCCCAGCUCCUCUCACCCCCCGCCCCUCAGCAUCCCAAGGCCUGCCCAAAUGGAAAAUGAGGAAACUGGGCUCUGAAACGGCAUCUCAGUUCCUUCUAGAAGAGGGGGGGAAGCUGGCAAAGGGCGCUGAGGAGGUGGGCCCUGGGUGGGGGUGUCUUUAAAAUUGGAGGUGACCUGAGUGGACUCAGUUUCGAGGGGUAGAAGGCAAAAGACACAGAGACCUCUGCGUGAGGGGAAGCCGGCCUCCCUGCCCCUGGGUUGCUGGCUGGGCACCCACUGUGGCACUGACAGGUUUCUCUGGAGCACAGGUAGCUGGCGGCCAGGGCCCCAUCACGUCAAUCGUUAGCAGUUCUUGUAGCAGAGCGAGUUUGUUGAGCUCUAGUUAGGUGCUGGGCACUGUUAUAAGUGCUCUACGUAAUCCCAGAGCAUUUGCUGGGGUUCAUUGCUGAGGAAACCGAGGCGCAGAGAGGUCAGUCGCCUGCUCCAGGGCACACAGCGGAGGCUGAGGUGGGGUGUGAACAUGGACCGUGGGACGGGCCCGAGCGCGGGCUCCUGACCCGGUGCCAUCCCGACCCUGACCCGACGCUGCCCUCGAGCCUCCCAGACUCGGACCUCAGCCCUGCCGUGUCCUGACCCGCGGCCAGUCCCUGCUUCACCGCUGCGUGGGCGGGAUCGGGGGGUGUGGGACGGGAGAGACCCAAAGACGCUUCACAGUCCUAGUGUCUUACAGGCUAAAACCCUGUGCACAUUUGCGACUUGGGGAGAGGGCUUGAAUAAAUUUGUAAUUCAGGUCGGUUGUCUUCAAGUUGCUGUGAUUUCCGCCCCCGCGUAUUUAAGAAAUUCCUGGGACCCUUGGAAGAAAUGACCUUCAUUUAUUCUUUCACUCAAGAGCCAGUGGUGCCCACUCUCUGCCCUGCCCUGUGCCAUGUUAGGGUCACAGUAGUGGCCAAGACAGCCCCGCCCUGCCCUCACGGGGCCUCUGGUCUAGUGGGAAGGAGAGGGGUGGGGCAGGGACAGAAGGACAAACAAUUCACAUUCCCCAAGUCACCUGCCUGUGAGGGGUGGUUUGGGGAGAGGCUGGGCUGGAAGCAGCUCCCCUCCUGAGAAUCUCCGGCCUUUCACUGUGCCAAGGACAGAACCCCAUUCACACUCUGGAAACCUCAGACAGUGCUCCCGGGCUCUGCCAGGGGCCUCGGGGACCCAACAGCAGUGGGGUGCCCUGCAUCGCGCAGAUGCCCACUUCGGGCAUUCCAGAAGAGACACCAGCUUUACUUGUGAGCCUCUGGGCAAGAAAGCAGGAGAUCAAGUUAAAUCUGCCUCCACGAUUAAGGAAGGUAAUGAGGUCAUGUGGGUCUGGGGGACCAGGCUUAAGAACAGAGGAGCCAACUUAAGGGCCGACGAGCAGCUCAGGGGCAAGGAAACAUGGACCUGGAUGAA